UUUCACUUUUGUUGUUUUGAGGAAGACGAAUUUUGUGAAAUCAAUUUGGUUUGUUUCUUGUUUGUUUAAACAAAAAAUUAUAAAAUAAAUAAAUAAAAAUGGGUGAAGAUUGGUGUUUGGAAAAACUCGAAAACCUACGCAUCAAAGAAAAUCGUGUCGAAACAUUAAAUGAAAUCCGUUCCCAUCUAAAUAUUGCACAAUCUUUAGAAAACAUUGUCACUGAAAAAUUGCUAAAAUCUUCAGAAAUCUACGAUUGUUUGGAAGAACAAGAUAAUUCUAAUAAUGCCAGUGUACAAUCUGAUUUAGCUAUCGACAUACUUUCCAUUUGCAUGUCUCACUUGACAAUCAAUCAAACUGACCUACCCAACUUACUUGAGCGUUCACUGCAACACAACAAUCCUAAAGUUCGUGCUUUAGCUUUGAAUACAAUUCUUAAAGAACUCGCCAAACAUUCAAAUGCUACAGUUGCAGAAGAUCUAAUUCAAGUCAUCAUAAAUUGCAUUGCAGAACAUGAAACGAGCGUUGGAGCUCCUUCUGUCGAAAUACUUUCAAUUCUUUUAGCUGACAAGAUCAAUAAAAGACAAUUCAAAGAGGCUUUGUUAAGCAAACUCAAUCAAAGCGAUGACAUAGUUCGUUGUCGAAUUUAUGAAGUCGCUAUUAAUUUGUCUAAAAUAUCUCCAGCUCAUUUGAGUGAAGUGGAGGAAAUUCUCCACUCUGCUGUGGAGACUUUGGAGAACAAUGAUAUUUUGUUGCAAGUGAAUGUCUUGGAAAUCUUGGCUUCACUUGCUGGACAAAAUCAUGGACUCGUUUUCUUGGAACAGAAACGAGUCUUUGAAAAAAUAUCAAAAAGAGUCGAUGAAAUCGAACAAAAUCCAUUAGAUCGUCUGUUGGUUCCGGGAAUUAUGAAAUUCUUUGGAAAAAUUGCCUACAACCAACCUCAAAAGAUUAUAACUGGCUAUCCAAAUAUGAUUCUCUGCCUGUUUGAUUGUAUUCAUUCAGCUGAUCCAAUGAUUUUGCCAACAGCUUUUGAUACACUCGGGAAUCUGGCUCAUUCGCAACAGGGAAAGCUUCUCUUGGAAGCCAAUUAUUCGAGUUAUCUGAGACAAACAUUUGAGGACUUUUUCUCGUAUUUGAGAAAUCUUCCGACAGAGUUGAAAAAUCGAGCAUUUAACGCUCUGGAAAUUGUAUUUUCUUGUGAAGGUGAAGCUUCUCAAGAUGUUAGCAAAGUAUUACAAAAAUGGUAUCAAAUUCUUGCUGGAGGAGAAAACCUACAAUUUCUAAUGGAUUUUUGUCGCAAUCCAUUUCCGGAUAUUAAAGUUGCUUGUUUGAAUUUUAUUCGAGCAUUGUGUCGUUAUCGUUGGGGUAUUGUGGCUCUUAAGUAUACAGCAGGAUUUGUUGAAUACCUUCUUGAUAGAAAAGUUGAGUUUGAUAAAGAUGCAAAGUAUGCAAAAUUUGAAAUUAUUGAAAUACUGUCGGAGAGUAAUGUAUUUGAUGUUCAGACACAACUUCAAUUGAAAAAAUAUGUUAAUGAGGGACCAUAUUUUGUACAGCCAAUUGUUGAAAUUGCUGUUGAGGGUAGUUAAAUAAAAUGAACAAUUAAUAAUUUUAACAG